AAGGCUAGCCGUAAAACCGGCUAUUGUACAGCUCUCGUCUUUGAUUUAUGUUUAUCAUUGCUUGCUUUAUCUAUGGCAAUGAAAGUUGUUACGGGAACCAAAAAUUCUAUUGAAAGAGGUUUUCUAAAAGAAAAUUCAAAGAAAACCAGCUCCUCGCCUAAUUCUCAACUACUGGUUAAUCAACCCUCCUACACCAAGUGGAAAAGCUGGUGGACUAGAGUGUCCUGGUCGUUAGUAAUGAUUCUCGGUUUUUCUGGCGUCAUAUUAAGUGGACACUUCUACGUCAUUAUGCUUGUGAUCAUAAUUCAGUUUGCUUGUUUUAAAGAAAUAAUUACUAUUGCAUUCUUAAAUUCCUCUCUUCUACGGCAUCGUGACGGCACUCAAAAGAAAUUUGUCAGUCAAACCUUUCCUAAACUUCCUUUAUUUCGUUCUUUGAAUUGGUAUUUUUUGUUCUGCGCCAACUACUUUAUAUAUGCUCAAAAAAUAACGCGUCUUUUGCUAAAGUUUAUUCCUUUCUUCGACAAUUUUUAUUAUUUCGAUCGAGAUCAUCUUUUGGGGAAUUUGAGCGCUCAUCACAACUUUGUAUCCUUUUUACUAUACUUGUCAGGGUUUAUAGUAUUUGUGUUAACGCUGAAGAAGGGGUUCUAUCGAUUCCAAAUUAGUCAGUUCGGCCUUAUAUGGUUUUUACUGCCUGUUUCUAUGAUAAUUUGUAACGACUGCUCCGCGUAUUUGUGUGGUUUCUUUUUUGGCCGCACACCACUGAUUUCUCUUUCCCCUAAAAAAACUUGGGAGGGGUUUAUAGGCGCUUUUCUCGCGACAAUGCUGUUUGGGCUUGCAAUGUCUCGUUUUCUUUCUGGCUUUGAAUACAUGAUCUGUCCCAUUGAAGGAUUGCUUUAUACACCCACUAUUAACAAACUGACAUGUAGCACCCAUCCCGUUUUUGUGCCUUGGACAAUUACAUUACCUAUGUUUAGUGGUUUGAGUUUUUCUUUGAGGCCUAUCCAGCUUCAUGGGUUGGCUAUGGCCGCAUUCGGCUCUGUGAUCGCCCCUUUUGGUGGAUUUUUUGCCAGUGGUUUUAAGCGUGCCUUUGGCUUGAAGGACUUCGGAGACCUAAUUCCCGGGCAUGGAGGUGUUAUGGACCGCUUCGAUUGCCAGUUGCUUAUGCUAACUUUUGUUAAUGUAUAUUAUAGCUCUUUUAUCGCCACUGGUUACAGCGCAUACUCUUUUAGUAAAAUUGUGGAUACAGUGGCUGCCAUGUCGGUAUCGAGACAAAGGCAGCUUUACAAACUCCUUGACGAAUCCCUUAAAAUGCAAGGAUAUACAUGGUGACCUGAUA